AUGGGUGGACGAUACUGGGAAGUAAUGCCAGAUGGAAAGACCGCCAGAAGUCCACUUGUAUACCACCGUAUCAUGAUGGAGCUCGUAUCAGUGAUCGGUGGUGGAUGUCAGACUGAUUUUCUUACUCCAAAUAAAAUCACUUUUGAAUUCAAUAUGAAUUCACAAGUAAUGCGUAAAAUAUCAAGAAGCUGCGAAUUUAUUUCGUUUCUGUGA